AGCAGGCGCACACGGGGCUCGGGGGAGGCGCGCUCGAGCUCCCGGCGGCGACGACUACGACGACCAGGAGAGCGGACGGAGGCGGCGCCUGAAGCAGUGGCUGAGCCCAUGACCCGGGACGGCGGGAGGGCCCGGAGAGACAAGUCCGGGGCCCGGGGCAUGUCCCCAGGGCCCCCGUGAGGAGGCGGCGGCGGCGAUGGAGGUCCCGCCGCAGGAGGCGCCGCCCGGGCCGGGCGCGGACGGCGAAGCCGAGGAGGCCCCCGCCGAGGCCCCGUCUCCCAGUCCCGCAUCGCCCCCGGCCGACGGGCGCCUCAAGGCUGCGGCCAAGCGCGUCACGUUCCCCUCCGACGAAGAUAUUGUGUCCGGAGCUGUGGAACCCAAAGACCCCUGGAGACACGCCCAGAAUGUGACCGUGGAUGAGGUCCUUGGUGCCUACAAGCAGGCCUGCCAGAAGCUAAACUGCAGGCAGAUCCCCAAGCUCCUCAGGCAGCUCCAGGAGUUCACGGACCUCGGGCACCGUAUUGACUGUCUGGACCUGAAAGGUGAGAAGCUCGACUACAAGACCUGCGAGGCCCUGGAAGAGGUCUUCAAGAGGCUGCAGUUCAAGGUCUUGGAUCUGGAGCAGACGAGCCUGGACGAAGAUGGUGCCUCAGCCCUCUUCGACAUGGUCGAGUACUAUGAGUCGGCCACCCACCUCAACAUCUCCUUCAACAAGCACAUCGGCACCCGGGGCUGGCAGGCCGCUGCCCACAUGAUGCGCAAGACAAGCUGCCUGCAGUACCUGGACGCCCGCAACACGCCCCUGCUGGACCACGCGGCGCCCUUCGUGGCGCGCGCCCUGCGCAUCCGCAGCAGCCUGGCGGUGCUACACCUGGAGAAUGCCAGCCUGUCAGGGCGGCCCCUCAUGCUGCUCGCCACGGCCCUGAAGAUGAACAUGACUCUGCGGGAGCUGUACCUGGCCGACAACAAGCUCAACGGCCUGCAGGACUCGGCCCAGCUGGGCAACCUGCUCAAGUUCAACUGCUCCCUGCAGAUCCUGGACCUGCGUAACAACCACGUACUGGACUCAGGUCUGGCCUACAUCUGCGAGGGCCUCAAGGAGCAGAGGAAGGGGCUGGCGACGCUGGUGCUGUGGAACAACCAGCUCACACACACGGGCAUGGCCUUUCUGGGCAUGACGCUGCCGCACACACACAGCCUGGAGACGCUGAACCUGGGCCACAACCCCAUCGGGAACGAGGGCGUGCGGAACCUCAAGAACGGCCUCAUCGGCAACCGCAGCGUGCUGCGCCUCGGCCUGGCCUCCACCAAGCUCACGUGCGAGGGCGCGGUGGCGGUGGCGGAGUUCAUCGCCGAGAGCCCCCGCCUCCUGAGACUGGACCUUCGGGAGAACGAGAUCAAGACGGGCGGGCUCAUGGCACUGUCGUUGGCCCUCAAGGUGAACCACUCUCUGCUGCGCCUGGACCUUGACCGCGAGCCCAAGAAGGAGGCGGUGAAGAGCUUCAUCGAGACGCAGAAGGCGCUGCUUGCUGAGAUCCAAAACGGCUGCAAGCGCAACUUCGUGCUGGCGCGGGAGCGGGAGGAGAAGGAGCAGCGCCUGCAGCUGUCGGCCUCCAUGCCCGAGAUCACCGUCACCGAGCCCCAGCCAGACGACCACGGGCCCGGGGAGGGGCCCGCCAGCGGGGCGCAGGAGAACGGGGCCCCCGGCCCUGGCGCCGGGCCGGACUCAGACUCAGACUCCGAGGGGGACGAGGGGGAGGAGGAGGAUGGGGAGAGGGCUGAGGCCCCCUGCCCCGCCCUGGUGCCCCCCACGGACUCCCUGGGCCCUGGGGACAGGAGCCCCCCAGGCUGCCCCUCCUCCCCCACUGAGCAGCGCAUUUCCGUGUCCAGCCCCGGCCGCGGCCACAAAGUGUUUGUGGUGACCCGGGUGGAGAGUCCACCCGAGAGGGCAGAGCCUCCCGUGCCACCCGCCUCUCCUUCCCCACCUGCCCCUCCUUGUCCUCCAUCCCCACCUGCCUUAUCCUUCCUGCCCACCUCACCUGCCCGGACGCCAGCUGAGGCCGUCAACACUCGGGACCCAGGGUCAUCUGAGCCUCAGCCACAGCCAGAGCUGCCCCAGUCAGGGCCACCGCUGCCCAACGGCCUGAAGCCCGAGUUCGCUCUCGCACUGCCCCCGGAGCCGCCCCCAGGGCCCGAGGCCAAGGUGGGCAGCUGUGGCCUGGAACACGAGCUGAGCUGCCCCAAGAACGAGAAGGAGCUCGAGGAGCUGCUCCUGGAAGCCAGUCAGGAAUCUGGGCAGGAGACACUGUGACACUGUAGGUGCGGUGAGGGCCUGGGGCCCAGGGAGCUGGGGAGCCGGCGAUGGAGCUCCUGGCUCUGACAGGUGCCCCCCUGCGAUCUCUUCUCCCUAAGUUCCCUUCUUCCGGUCCGUCUUUGAAGAGCUGAGGCCAGAGCCCUGAGAAUCUGCUCACCCUCACCCCCAGCCUUCCUGAGGCCUGGGACCCCAGGGGGUGGGGGGCCUUCCUGGGGACCCCUGCCCCCCACAGCAACACUACACGGGGUGCAGGAGCUACAGGGAGUGGCCCUCCCCGCCCUGACUUAAGCACUUCUAUUUAUGUGUCGACACUCGAAGACUGGGCUGGGGGUGGAUGGGAGGAGGACGGGGCGGAGGAGUUGAUCCCGGCCCUGUGGCCGGGCACCUUUCCCCAGGGCUCCAUUUGGCCAGGCUUGCCCCCUCGAGGGCAGGAGUCCUAGGUGGUGGCGGGAUGGUCCCCUGGUGGCCCCAGGCACAGGACCAGGCAGGAGGCAUGGCUUGGGAGGGGCGGUGAGUGAUGGUGGUGGUUGGAAUUUGUAGAGCAGCCCCAGGCAGGGUGAGGGCCUGGGCUGGGGUGGGUGGGGGAGAUCAGAGGAUCAGAGCUUUCUUUUUCUUAAGUGCAAUAAAUCUAUCAGGGAGCUGGGGUGGGGAGCAGCCAGGGCUUGGAGACCCUGCUGUCCGGGCCACUCGAGGCGGCGCCCUGAGAGGCACUACAGCCCAGGGUGGGAGAGGCACGGG